AUGGGGAACUGGCGCACGAAUAAUUUUUACUACAUUGACAUGAACCGGCUUGAUAAGGUCUUUACUGCCAUCAGUAAUGUGGUUGAACCAGCUUUGAAAUAUAAGUUAAAAGUCGCCUGGGAACUCACUGUCAUGCGUCAUGUUUCUGCAAAAGUGUUUGCCUCCUUGUUGUUUGCUUGGGUUCCUUUAGUGCUAUGGAAAAUCCUGGCUACACCAAUGAUUAAAGACUCGGUGCCUGCGAUUUAUUUCAAACUAAAACACCUCUUUGUUUGUCCUCGGAAGGGCCCUGAUGCCGAAGCCACCGCACUGAGCUCACAAAUUUCAACAAAGGCUUUGGAGAAAGACUUCUCUCAACUUCGUCAGCGUAAGUCCACUGGCACAGUCUCAAACGAGUUUGCACAAACGACGCCAAGAAUGUCGCCGAAGGCCACAAACCACCUGGAAGAACAAUUUUGUCGAGGUCCGUUGCUUUAG